UCUUAUAUAACUCCAGAGAGAACGGAAAGUAUAGAUUUCUUUUUUAAUAUAUUUUAGGGUUUUAUCUUCUUCUUCUCACCCUGACUUCUGGAGUUGGUUCUCUUCCUUUGAAACAAAACAAAAGCCAUGAAGAAGAAGCUCCAAACUCGUUUUCCAGCGACAAGGAUUAAGAAGAUUAUGCAAACUGAUGAGGAUGUCGGGAAGAUAGCAAUGGCAGUCCCUCUUCUUGUUUCUAAAGCUUUGGAACUGUUUUUACAAGACUUGUGUAAUCACACAUAUGAUGUAACUCUCAGCAGAGGCGCAAAAACAGUCAACUCUGUUCAUUUGAAGCAGUGUGUGAACGCGUUUAAUGUCUUUGAUUUUCUGAGAGACACUGUCAGUAAAGUUCCUGAUUUAGGUGGCUCAGAAGGUGAAGACCGACCAGCUACCAAAAGAAGAAAACUUGUGGAUGAAAGUAUUAACAACGAUGAAGAUAUCAAGACCAGUGACAUGCAUGAGUCCAAACAUACUAGCGGUGGCAGAGGAAGGCGGGGUAGAGGACGUGGAGGGUAUGUUGGAAGAACAGGAAACAGCCUGUCUAUGAAGUUGGAGGAUAACUUAGAAGAUGUUUCGCCCGAAGGCAGCAUGAGCCCAUCUCCUGAAAACUGGAGCCUUUCUCAUGAGGCUGCAUCUUGGAAGGAAGCUGCCUCACACAAGAACAAUCACAGAAGCUCAGAAUUAAAAGUAAGGGACUUUGAUCUAAAUGUGGAGCUAGAUGAGAACGGAGAGUUUGCUAUAUCGCCGGAAAGACAGCUAGAAGAAAGACCAGGCUGGCCGCUGUUUGGGAUCAACGAAAUGAAAAUAGAUAGUGAUCAACGAGAAGUUAGUUCUAGUGAGGAAGACUAUGAUGAAGACUGAAGUUUAGGGGUUUGUUUUCAGGUUAUGUGACAUGACUUCCUCUCAGAUUAGAGGAAAACUAGUUAGUUACUAACAUCAGGUGUAGUACAUUGGAGUUUGGAAGAAAUCUUCAUUAAUAUAUACAAAUUAAUUCAGUCAUUCGCCAUUUAGUUUUAGAUUAAAAGUUUCAAAUUCAA